AUGAAGAAAGAUGUAUAAAUUAUUAUUAAAUUAGGCUAAAUAAUCUAAUUUUACUAAAAUAGAUGAUGGAAAUAAUCAAGGAGAUAAUCCAAAUGAUGAAUUAUUAUAAAGAAUACGUAAUAAUCUAAUCUGAUUUAUUUUAGUUGAUAAAUUUAAGGAUACUGAAUUAUCAGAAUAGCAAUUUUCCAAAGCUCAACUUAGAGAUAUAGCAGAAAAACAUAUAAGAGCAGGAACUGGAAAGAAAAAAAGAAAUUGA